GCAUGUACUUUCUUUUCAGUCCAAACUUUUCAAGUACAAUAGACUGUAUGAGAGAUCAUUUAGACCCAACCUGUGGCCCUGACACUGAUGCGUACGUCUUUAACAGGUCACUGGCCGUAAUGCCUGCUAACUUCUCUUACGAGGAUUAUUGUAAAAAUGACAGUGCUAAAGAGUUAGAAAAGCUUCUUCAAUGUCAAACGAUGUUCAGCAAAGUUAAUGGAUUUGUGGAUUGCGUGACUGGUACAUCACUCAACAAGACUAUAGACUUUACGGAUACAUGCAGAUUUCUACAGACGUCAUUUGGAUGUUCGUAUAAAUACACGAAAAUCAUGUGUCCUAGUUUUGUAAAAACGUUUGUGGAAUCUUCUGAAGACAGUUUAAAGAAUUGCAAUAUUGAUGAACUUGAAACUGUUGAGGAGGUUAUGGUAUGUGAUAAAGACAUGGAGCGAGCAUGCUUUGUUGCUUAUAAGCCCCCGCCAGUGACCAGUAACUCUAGCGAAUUUGCCGAAUUUAUAUGCAGUGAAAGGAGCCGUGGACUGCAGACUUGUUUACGCACAGUAUAUGCCAUGUGUAAAAACAGCACUGACUUCAACAGUUCCUCGGUAGACAAAGAUAUACAGAGUUAUGAAACACAAACUGCCGUGUUUUGUUCUGAAAAAGGUAAAGCAAUGGAAGAAUGCCAAGCAAAGUUCUCCAAACUAAAUGCUUUUCAAGAUUGUAUAAUGGGUAAAACGUUAAACACAACAAUUGACCCGACUGACACGUGCUUAUUUCUUCAAAAUUCGGUAGAUUGUACUUAUAAGUAUACUGACCUAAUGUGCCCGGAAUAUCUCGAUCUAUUCAAUAAAUCCAUUUUGUUUCCAUCAUUUUGCGACCAAAACAAAGAAAUGAGUAAAGCGGGUACCAGCUGUGACAUGGAUAUGAGUCAGACCUGUAAUGCCGGGUUCAAUCCUCCUAUAACAGCAGAUACUGAUGUCUAUUUUGAAUUUGUAUGCAGCGGACGCGCAGGUGGAUAUGCAUCAUGUGUACAGAAAGUUCAGUCACUCUGUCAUAUUGAUACCAGUACUACAGAUGAGUUGCGUCCCUUUAAUCAGUCCAGCGCAACUCAAACAGGACUAAUUUGUGAAAACAAAAGCGGAUUUACAGAUUAUAUAACAUGUUUGAGAACACAGACUUUCCAAAAUGAAUAUGCCAAUUGCUCAGCAGAAAAAGUUGAGUCAAACAUCACGGAAUCUUGUAGUAAAUAUGGAUGUCAACUUCAGUCAUUACAAAGUACUUGCCCUCAAUCAGCAAAAUUCUAUCAGAAGCUAAACUAUAACAGCUUAGUGGCAUGUAAAGUCGUUGAGGCGACCACAACAGGGACAGCUGACCAAACAACCAUUACCUCUUCCGGAAGUUUCCUCGGACUUUCUAUCCCCGUGUUGGCUGUCGUUUCUUGGAACACGUACAUCAGGGUUCUAGUUUGAUCCAACUCAAGAAUGCACGAGAAACUGAUGAAAUGUAGUGGGGCACGUACAGAUGACCUACUACGCUUCGGACUUUUUGUAACUUAUAUAGGGAAAAAAAGAAGUAUAAAAUCGAUUGAAAUAUGUAAAAUGCGUGCGGAGAUAUCUUACCAAAAACGUUUGAUGCCUGCUUCACUGUUGUGAAUUUUGAUACAUAUACUUAUUUUUAAAACUGUGUGAAUGUUCAUAAUACUUUCUCCGUCUAUGUAGAAAGAAUAUUGUGAGACGACAUGUGAAUUAUAUGCUAUAAAUGUCGUCAUCAUAAUCAUCAUCAUCAACAUCAUCAUCUUCUUCAUCAUCAUUAUCAUUAUUAUUAUUAUUAUGUGUGAAAUUUGUUGUUUACCUCAUAUAUACAUAUAGUGUGCAUUGAGUGAAUUGACAAAGAUCUUGAAAUUUUGUGAAACAUCGAACUGCAUAUAUGAUUUCAUAAAUUUCAACUUCGAAUAUGAUUUAUAAAUGAUGAAUAUUUUAUUGUCAUUUACUGACAGAUUUAUGUCUCAUGAAAUAUCAUAUCGUUCAUAUUUCUCAACAUAUACAUCAUUAAUAAGUUAUCAUUUAUGAUACAUUAUAUCAUUCUAUAUUCAUAACCGAAUAAAGUUUAUUCUAUAUUAUUUUCU